GAAACUCUUCUUUACAGACUAUGGGACUGUGGCAAAAGUUGAGAGAUGUGACAUGGAUGGGAUGAACAGAACAAGGAUAGUAGUGUCUCACAUUGAGCAGCCAACUGCCCUUGCACUGGACCUAGUCAGUAAAUAUGUUUACUGGGUAGAUAUCUAUCUGGACUUGGUAGGAGUUGUUGACUAUCAAGGACAUAACAGACAUACAAUAGCAGAAGGCCGACAGGUUAGACAUCUGUAUGGGUUAACUAUAUUUGAAAACUAUUUGUAUGCAACCAAUUUAGAUAACUUCAGCAUCAUGAAAAUAAACAGGUUCAAUGGUACAGAUACACAGCUCUUAACUAGGCUUCAAAAUGCCAGAGAGGUCCAUGUGUUCCACAAGAGAAUCCAACCAACAGUCAGGAGUCAUGCGUGUGAACCAGACCUAUAUGGAAUGCCAGGGGGAUGCUCACACAUCUGUCUGCUCAGCAGCAGCUACAAAACCAGAACUUGUCGCUGCAGGAUGGGCUUUGUCUUGGGAAGUGAUGGCAGGUCAUGCAGAAGACCAAAGAAUGAGUUGUUCCUGUUUUAUGGAAAGGGACGCCCAGGAAUCAUCCGGGGAAUGGAUCUGAAUAGCAAAGUAGCUGAUGAAUACAUGAUCCCCAUAGAAAACCUUGUCAAUCCUCGAGCUCUGGACUUUCAUGCUGAGACCAGUUACAUAUAUUUUGCUGACACUACUAGCUUCCUGAUUGGGCGUCAGAAAAUUGAUGGCACAGAGCGUGAAACGAUCUUAAAAGAUGAUCUUGAUAAUGUGGAAGGCAUAGCAGUAGACUGGAUUGGAAAUAAUCUUUUUUGGACAAAUGAUGGCUAUAGGAAAACAAUUAAUGUUGCCAGAUUAGAAAAAGCCUCUCAAAGUCGGAAAACUCUGUUAGAAGGAGACAUGACUCACCCUCGAGGAAUUGUUGUGGAUCCAGUUAAUGGCUGGAUGUAUUGGACAGACUGGGAAGAAGAUGAAAUAGAUGAUAGUGUGGGAAGAAUUGAGAAGGCAUGGAUGAAUGGCCACAGCCGGCAGAUUUUUGUGGCAUCAAAGAUGUUAUGGCCAAACGGAUUAACUCUGGACUAUCGUAGCAAUGUAUUAUACUGGUGUGAUGCGUAUUAUGAUCACAUUGAAAGAAUAUUUUUGAAUGGAACUGACAGAAAGGUGAUUUACAGUGGAAAAGAACUAAACCAUCCAUUUGGACUGUCACACCACAGGAAUUCUAUUUUCUGGACAGAUUAUAUGAAUGGCUCUAUUUUCCAACUGGAUUUGACAACUAGAAAUGUAAUGCUUCUAAGAAGUGAGAGAUCACCUGUGUUUGGUCUGCAAAUUUAUGAUCCCCACAAGCAGCAAGGUGACAAUGCAUGCCGUGUUAAUAAUGGAGGCUGCAGCACUCUCUGCUUAGCUGUUCCCGGAGGCAGAGUGUGUGCUUGUGCUGAUAAUCAACAUUUGGAAGAAAACAGUACAACCUGCAUGAUGAAUGCCGGAGAGCCGGUGUCCAAGUUAUGCAAGCCAGGAGAGUUUCAGUGUAAAAACCAGCGCUGCAUCCAAGACCGCUGGCGUUGUGAUGGAGAAGAUGAUUGCCUUGAUGGCUCUGAUGAGCAUUCAGAGAUUUGCU